ACCCCGAUUCUUGGUUUGGACCAGUCUCAUCUAUAUUUCCCCAACAGUCAACCCUAUAAGAUAAUAACCAAAUCCCAAAUAAUGUACGCUCUAGGCAACAAAUUUCUAAAACCCUAAUUUGAAAGCAAACCCCUAGUUAAUACCAGUCUCAAAUUUAUGAUAAAGCCAAAGCAUCACGCAUCCCAAGUGAGCAAGAAACCUUCAAAUCUCACUAAUCCCACCCCUCAUGAAGUGCGCAUCAUCAACCCCCAACAACCCUCACAUGAAACACCAACAAGACGAAGGAUCUCAGGGGCAGUCCCGUCAUUUCCACAGGCGGGGGAUCCCAAAGGGAAGGGAUGUACCCUUUCUGUACAUGUUCUCCUUGUUAUUGAAAAUAAUUUCCCACCGCUUCUUAAACCUCUUGGCUUCUCUGAUAGGCUCCAUUUGCUUAAAAUACUCCCCCUAAGUCUCCCACACCCACUUUGGUCCUUCUUCUCUAUCUCUCACAAAACCGCCAUUGCUAGCUACUCUCUCUCUUAUCCCGCAUUAAGUUUCCUCAACGUUCUGAGAAGAAUAAAAAGCACCACCACCCCAAACGAAGCAAAGCUAAUAAUAUGUUUAGAGACUAUUGAUCGAUUCCGGAGUUCAGACGCAGCGACUCUUCUUCUUCUGUUCGACAAAUGCGAAUCGGAUUUUGACUCCAUCAAUUUGCAGAAACUGGUAGUUCGGUUGGGUUUAAUCUUUUGCUUCUCUUCUGUUUUUUGGCUGACGUUUGGCUCUUCCGAGUCGGAGAAACGACUCCGGAGGGUGGCAAAGUCGUCAGCUGGUCUGUGCACGUGAGCAGCACGUGAUCGUCGUCGCCGGAGCAGGUACGUACGUGAAAAAAUGCCUCACAGAACGACUUACUUCUUCCCGAGGCAAUUUCCGGAUCGCCGCUUCGAUUCGUGCUCUUCUGCCAAACAGUUGGUACCGCAAGAUAGUCAUCUUCAUCAUCAUCUCGAGAAACAGAGCAGCGGCAGCAAUGAAAACGACGUCGUCAGCACCAUCAUUGAUCACCACCAAAAGUCUAACAACAACAACCACAACAGCACCAAAUUCACAGCUGUAUCCGAUCAGUAUUUCACGGGCGGCCGAAACACCACCACCACCACAAGCAGUAUCAGCAGCGGCGCCAGCACGCAAUCCACCAAGAAGCAACAGCGGGCUCCCAUUUGCGACUGGUUCGUCACCGAGAAAAAGCACAACAACAACAAGCGGAGAUCCAAACCCAGCCACGUGAGGAGCACGAGAUCGUCGCUGCCGUCAUUCUCCUGCCACGUACCCGACGAGGAUCGCGAGCUCCUGCUCCCGCCGGAGGCCUUCGAUGUGUCCUCGGCCGUGCCGGAUACGACGUCGUUCAAGGUCGACCGGAGCGUUGACCGGAACUUUGACCGGCAGGUGUCGCUGCCGAGGCUCUCAAGCGGGAGUAGCUACGCCGGGAGCUUGUUCUCAGGGACGACGACGCUGGACGGGAACUUCUCCGGCGACGUCAAGGACUCGUCGGCGACGACGAGGCCGGUGGAGGAAGAGGAGGGGGAGGAGGAGGUGGUGGUGGGAGUGGGAGUGGGAGUGGAGGCGAGUAGGGAUAGCUUGGCGCAGAGGUCCAAGGAGAGUUACUAUUUGCAGCUUGUAUUGGCCAAGAGGAUUAGCGCUCAAGGUAGUGAGACGUUGCUUUUGCGUAACACUGGCAUUGAGGUUACCGAUGUUGAGACGGUGUCGUAUCGCCUCUGGGUUAGUGGCUGCUUGUCUUACAAUGAGAAAAUAUCGGAUGGUUUCUACAAUAUUUUGGGGAUGAAUCCGUAUCUAUGGGUGAUGUGCAAUGAUGUGGAAGAAGGUAAACGUCUACCAUCACUGAUGUCACUUAGAGCAAUUAAACCCGCAGAGACAUCAAUGGAGGUGGUUCUUGUUGACAAACAUGGGGACUCUCGCCUCAAGGAACUUCAAGAUAAGGCACAAGAACUUUAUUGUGCUUCAGAGAAUACCUUGGUGUUGGUGGAGAAACUUGGCAAGCUUGUCGCCAUCUACAUGGGGGGUACUUAUCCUGUGGAGCAAGGAGAUCUCCACAUGCGCUGGAAAGUGGUUAGCAAGAGAUUGAGGGAAUUCCAAAAGUGUAUUGUGCUCCCCAUUGGCAGCCUAUCAAUGGGGCUCUGCAGGCAUCGUGCUAUUCUCUUCAAGAAAUUGGCAGACUACAUAGGUUUACCUUGCCGGAUAGCUCGUGGUUGCAAGUAUUGUGUGGCAGAUCAUAGGUCUUCUUGUCUUGUUAAAAUUGAAGACAGGCAGCUUGUGAGGGAAUAUGUGGUUGAUCUAGUUGGGGAACCUGGAAAUGUCCAUGGCCCAGAUUCCUCGAUCAAUGGAUCUCUGUCUUCAAUAUCUUCACCAUUUCAAAUUUCUCAGCAAAAAGAGUUCCAACGAAUUUAUAGGGAUAGUGGAUUAUGUUCCCAAAUUAUAAACUCAAAGCACACUCGUCCACCUCCUGAAGAUCCUCUGUAUCCAGGUAUGCUAGUUCUUACUACCCUGGCAAAAUAUCUUCUAUUAUUUGGUAGAAUCAAAAUAUUACCUUCUUUAAUCUGUAAACAACAAUCUCUUGCAGGCUACAGAGAGGAAAGCCAGGUCCUGAAAGAUAGUAGUUUGCUUCCAGUUGAUCAAACUAGAUUUGGGAUGGAAGCUUCUGUAAUGCCUUUGGACUUGAAAGCGAAUGCAGAGCAUUGCCUUCUCCAGACACCAAUGCCACCUUGUGUACAAGGUGAUAUUUCUGAAGCUGUUGAUGUGGGAGCUGCCAUUGCAUCAUUAGAGGAAUGUGCUAGACUAGGUGAAGAAAGUAUUAUUGUACAGCAAGCUUACCGGAAGGAGAUUGUUGUGUCAAGAUGUGGAGUAAUAUGUAGCAGUGACAAGUCCAGUCAAUCAGAUCUAGAGGAGGUUGACAGUAAGCUUGAGAUUCAAAGCCGAUUUUCUGCUGUCACUGUUCCUAGGUACUUGAAUCUCGAACCAUCUCUUGCUAUGGACUGGCUUGAGAUCGCAUGGGAUGAGUUACAUAUCAAAGAGCGCGUUGGUGCUGGCUCAUUUGGAACUGUGCAUCGUGCUGAAUGGCAUGGAUCGGAUGUAGCUGUCAAGGUUUUAACUGUUCAAGAUUUCCAUGAUGAUCAGUUGAGGGAAUUUUUGCGCGAGGUUGCAAUUAUGAAACGUGUCCGCCAUCCCAAUGUAGUUCUGUUCAUGGGUGCAGUUACAAAGCGUCCACAUCUCUCAAUAGUGACAGAGUAUUUACCUAGGGGAAGUCUAUAUCGACUCAUACACAGGCCAGCUUCUGGGGAACUUCUGGAUCAUAGGCGGCGGCUGCGCAUGGCAUUAGAUGUGGCCAAGGGGAUCAAUUACCUCCAUUGUCUUAGCCCUCCUAUUGUCCAUUGGGAUCUUAAAUCUCCAAAUUUGUUGGUUGAUAAAAAUUGGACAGCGAAGGUAUGCGAUUUUGGGUUGUCCAGGUUCAAAGCAAACACUUUCAUAUCAUCGAAAUCUGUUGCUGGAACACCUGAGUGGAUGGCUCCAGAGUUCCUUCGCGGAGAGCCCUCAAAUGAGAAGUCUGAUGUCUACAGUUUCGGAGUAAUCCUUUGGGAACUUGUGACCAUGCAACAACCUUGGAGUGGGCUUAGUCCUGCGCAGGUAGUUGGCGCUGUUGCUUUCCAGAAUAGAAGGCUUGCUAUCCCAGCAAAUACUCCCCCAAUGUUGGCUUCUCUUAUGGAAUCCUGCUGGGCUGAUGACCCUGCUCAGCGCCCAACAUUUAAAAGUAUAGUGGAGUCGCUGAAGAAGUUGCUAAAAUCUCCUCUACAGUGGGCACAGGUGAGUGGAACAUAGAGAACGAGAGUACUUCUGCCCAGAGCUGGAUGGGACAGUUGCGCAAUCGUUAAUGGUUGAACCCUGAUAGUCAUCAAUUCCAACGAACUGACUGAGCUUCUAGGUUCUCGGCAAUUAUACAUCUAUCUAACCCAUAUUAGAAAGCAUUUGGUCAUCAAUUAGUGCAUGAUGUACCUUGCGUAUUAUUACGGAGUUUCUAGUUGGGGCAGCGUCUCCCUGAUAAAGCCCUCUUUCAUUAGAUCCUUUUUGAAAAUCUGUAACAAAAAUUGAGAAGUUAAUACUUUGCUUGUAUUUGUUUGUAAUCUUAUGCUCAUUUAUUACGCCUACCAAGGUCUUAUUUCUUGGUGCUAGCCACCCUAGAUGUAUACAAUACUGAGACACUAAUGCGUUAUACAUUUUUUCUUUGCAAUAAUGUUAUUUU